GUUAUUUUCUUAAUCGCCUGAUAUGAGAUCGUCACUUCCACGAGAAACUAGCAUUAAAAACAUUCCAUUUUGAGCAGUUGGAGAUAUUAGAAGUGUUUAACUCGUUCGAAUAUAAUAUUUAUAUAUAUUUUUUUUGCUAAAAUAACAUUAAUUUACUCUGUGAUAAGAAAAACUUCUACCACUUAAAACAAACAAUUAUUAAUAGGAACGAUUUAGUAGUUUCUUUUACCCUGUGAUUAUUUCUAAGAUGAUGGAUAUUGUACCAAAGAAUAAGCCCGCUUCUGGAGACUGUUUCGAGAUGAAAGAAUUAACGGCGAGGAUAUGUAGAGAUUACCUUCACGGUGCUUGGAAAAAGGUCACUGCUAACAAUAUCGGUUUCAAACAUAUCUGUGGAGGUCUUUCUAACCAUCUGUACCACGUAUCUCUUCCUGGCGGCUUAUUGACUGAAUCCAAACAAGAAAACGAACCCAAAGACGUACUAAUUCGAAUUUACGGCCAAACUCAUGGAGAAGGUGCUCUCGAGGCUCUAAUUACCGAAUCGGUCAUCUUUACUUUAUUAUCUGAAAGGAAUUUAGGUCCGAAAUUACACGGCAUCUUUCCAGGCGGAAGAAUCGAACAGUACAUCAAUGCUAGACCACUUUUACUUGAAGAAUUAUCAGACGAAAGGUUGUCGGUACAAAUAGCUAAAAAAAUGGCGGCUAUUCAUUCGAUGGAGGUUCCGUUACAUAAAGCGCCUGAAUGGCUAUGGAAUACUCUCGAUAGAUGGUUGUGUACGUUCGAUACCAUGCAACUUAACAACAUGCCACAAUCGAUUAAAAUACUUUUAGAAAAAACUAAUUUGAAAAGCGAAUGCGACUGGUUGAAAACUAAAUUAGAAGCAGAAGAUAGUCCUGUCGUUUUUUGCCAUAACGAUUUUCAGGAAGGAAAUAUACUCCUUCCCAUAGAAUCCGAUAAACAAAAUAACAACGAUGAUGAACCCAGGCUAGUUAUUAUUGAUUUCGAAUAUUGUUCGUACAACUACAGAUCGUUUGAUAUAGCAAACCAUUUUGCCGAAUGGGUAUACGAUUACAAAUACUCCAAACAUCCAUUCUUUGAAGAAGAUUGGAAUAGAUAUCCGACAGAAAAACAACGAUUGAGCUUCAUCAGAGCCUAUUUGCGCGAAAUCGGUUCUCGAGAAAAUCCCAAAAAAGUUUUAAGGGAAGUCGAAGUUUUCACUAUGGCUUCUCAUUUAUUUUGGGGAGUAUGGGCGCUAAUAAACGCCGAAACAUCCAACAUCCCCUUCGGUUAUUGGGAAUAUGCGAAUUGUAGAUUGUCCAGUUACUUUCAGUUGAAGCAGAAGUUGUCGAGUAAAUUCCAACAAAAAAGGAAAAUGGACGAUUAAAUUUAGAUAAAAUAGAAUAUCGUUUUGUUAGUGGGAAGAAAUUUUCGAAGAAAAAAAAAUCGUAACUGUGAUUCUAUGAAGAAAGAAAUUGAGAAGCGGAAUUUUUUAUUGAGGAUAAUAAAAUCACAAUUGAAUUAAAUCCAGAACCUCUAUCGAUGUUAUAUCUGACAGAGUAACCCAAAAUGGUCUUUUACUGAGAUUUUUGGUGCCGAAAAAUUUUUUCCAAUUUAAUUCAUACGGGGGACGUUGAAGAAAUUCUCUUUAUUAUAAUCUGGAACCAAUGGAAUUUUGUGAUAUGAAAUAUUUUUUUCCAUAUUUUUGAAUUACUCUGUAAAAUUAUGAGAUGGAAUACUGGUUAGACUUAAUUGAAUAUUUGUUUUUAUAUUUUUUUAUUGUUAUAUAUUUUUUUAGUUAUUAAAUUUUCUUAGAUCUUGAUGAAAUGUGCUUAUUGUAUUCGAGACUGAAUUUUAUUUAAGGAAAAUAUAUGUUUAUAUAUAAAUAUAUGUGUGUAAAUAAAAGGAAUUAAAAUGCAUAAAUUUGCAUUACAUUAUUAAACAUGUCUUUUUUUUAAUAUUUAUUUAACUUUAACAAAAUUUGAUUCAUUUUUUUUUGGAUAUAAAUAAAUGGAAUAACGAAUUA